AUGGCUGAAGGUGACUCUAUUCAAACUACAAGAAGGAAUUCCUUUUCUCCUAUUGAAUUUACUGAAGAAGUAUCCAAACAAUGUUUGAAACAGGUAGAAUUUUAUUUUUCUGAAUUUAAUUUUCCAUAUGACAGAUUUCUUAGAACUACAGCAGAGAAGAAUGAUGGCUGGGUGCCAAUUAGUACCAUAGCCACAUUCAAUCGUAUGAAGAAAUUUAGACCUAUUGAAAAUGUCGUUGAAAUAUUACGUCAAUCAAAGAUUCUUCAAGUCUCCGAAGACGGUGAAAAUGUUAAAAGAAUGGUUCCAUUAGACCUAUCAAAGGGUAAAGAAGCAAGAAUUGAAAGAGAAAAAAGAACUUUGGUUGUUAUGGAGGUUCCAUUCAAUCCGGAAAGAUUAAUGAUUUCCCAAUUACAAGAAAAUGUAGAAAACUUCUUCCAUCAAUUGAAUAAUAAUAUUGUUCAAAUCCGUUUGAAAAGAGAUCAUAAAAAAAAGUUUCAUGGUAAAGUUUUCAUCGAGUUCAAAACCAUUGAGGAUGCCGAAGAGUUUUUGAACAAUUAUUCCAGCACUAAAGACGAUGAUGGUAAUGACGAACCAAAAGAAAUUCUUUCUUAUGAAGGUAAAAAAUUAAAUGUUUUUUCCAAGAAACAAUAUGAUUUACAUAGAGAAGCCACCAGAUCCAAGAAUUUCAGUGGUUCUGGACAAAGAUCAAGAUCUUUCACAGGUCAUAGGAAGAAUAUGCCUAAAUUGAUUCCACCAGCUAAUGCUGACCAAGAAUCUGCCGUCAUUGAUGAAGAAGAACCAGAAAAAAUCAACUCAGAAGAAAAAAAACCAGAAGAAGAAAAGUAG